AUGUCUGUAGAUCAGUACGAAGCAAAGUUUGCAGAGUUGUCUCAGUAUGCACUAAGAUUGAUCGAGGAUCCGGUAGACCGAGUAAGAAGAUUUCAGGAUGGACUCAGACCGGAGUUGAAGAAUCCGCCGGUACUAUUCAAUCUAAAGGACUACAAUGAUUUGUAUGAACGAGCUCAGUUGAUAGAGAGGAACCUGAACGAACAAGUCGCUGCAUCUAGGUUGCGGUUCGGGUCGAACAAGGAUGGAAGUUGGUUCGGAAAGAAGCCUAUGACUGGAGGAAAGUACCCUAUUCCGCCCAAUAAAAAGGGUGGAAUUGGAAAGUCAGCACCCAACCAAAACAAUGUGACAAUCAAGAAUAAGUACCCACUACCAAGGAUUGACGACCUGUUUGACCAGCUACAGGGAGCGUCGAUAUUUUCUAAGAUUGACCCGAGGACAAGGUACCAUCAGCUGAGGAUUAGGAAGGAAGACAUAUCGAAGACAGUGGUUCGUACGCGUUACAAUCAUUAUGAGUUCACCGUGAUACCGUUUGGUUUGACUAAUGCCUCAACUGCUUUCAUGGAUUUGAUGAACCGAGUAUUCAAGGAGUACCUGGAUUAG